GCCGUGAUGACGUAAUCAGGAAGUAAAGUCCAGGGUGGUGGAGAAAGAACGGUUCGCUUACUGUAUUUACCGGCGUAAGCCGGGACUGACCAGACUACACAAAUGUAUUGGAUUUGCUAUAUAACAGCGUUCUUUUAGCUAGCUUGUGCUCCACCGCCGUAAGCGUUACACAUGUCAAACGUACACCAAGCUCCAACAAACCCCAUCACUGUACCCUGCACAGUCAACUAAGAGCCUCAAGGAGAAACAUCUAAGUGUUCAUCAACCCUUUGCAAAAAAAAAAUCAAAGAAAUUUAAUCAGGCCUUUGGUCAUGGCGCUGGCUGGAGUGAGAGUUAUUGAGCUGGCGGGUCUGGCCCCGGCUCCAUUCUGCGGCAUGAUCUUGGCAGAUUUUGGAGCCAAAGUGAUCCGCGUUGAUCGCACCAAGACCCUGGCGAGUCUGGACACCCUGGCACGGGGGAAGCAGUCUGUGGCCAUCAACUUAAAAACACCAGAAGGCAUUUCUCUUCUCAGAAAUCUCUGUGUCCAGUCGGAUGUGGUGCUUGAGCCCUAUCGGAAAGGCGUCAUGGAGAAACUGGGGCUCGGUCCAUCCGAGCUGCUGAAACAAAAUCCUCGUCUGAUCUACGCCAGAUUGACCGGCUAUGGCCAGAGCGGCUGCUUUGCCUCAGCGGCGGGACAUGACAUCAACUACGUUGCAAUGUCAGGCCUUUUAUCUCGACUGGGUCGCAGUGGAGAGAAGCCCUACGCUCCGCUAAAUCUUUUAGCAGACUUUGCUGGCGGUGGCCUCACCUGCGCGCUGGGGAUAGUCUUAGCCCUGUUUGAACGGACAAAGUCAGGGAAAGGACAGAUCAUCGAUGCCAGCAUGGUUGAAGGAGCUGCCUACACAGGCUCAUUUGUAUGGAAAUCCCAUAGUAUUGGUUUAUGGGAAAGUGACAGAGGGCAGAAUAUGUUGGACAGCGGAGCUCCAUUCUACGAUACUUAUAGAACUUCGGAUGGAAAGUACAUAGCUGUAGGUGCCUUGGAACCCCAGUUCUACCAACAGCUUCUCAAAGGCUUAGAGUUGGAAGAUGAAGGAUUGCCUCCCCAGAUGAGUGUCGGUGACUGGCCAGAGCUCAGGCGGAUUUUCACGGAGCGUUUUGCCUCAAAGACGCAGGCGGAAUGGUCGAGGAUUUUUGACAAGAUUGAUGCUUGUACUACGCCUGUGUUGUCUUUCGACGAGGUUAGCUCACACCCCCACAACCAGGAAAGGGGUUCUUUCAUGAAGGACUCCGAGGGAGCGGAGUGCCCUCGGCCAGCUCCGGUUCUGUCCCGUACUCCUGCUAAACCCAGCUCCACGUCCAACCCCAGCGUUGGAGAGCACACUGUCGAGGUCUUGGAGGAGUACAAUUUCACAUCAGCAGAGAUAAACAAGCUUUUGGCUGCAGGGAUUAUUGAGUGUAAUGCUAGCAAAGCAAAACUCUAGAAAAUAAUGAAAGUGGGAGAAAUCAUUAAAUCAAGCAAAACGUUCUCAGAAGUACAGUUAGAUUUUGGGUUCAUCACUGGGUUGAACAACUUUAAUGUUAUAGUUUGUGCCAAAUAAUAAAAAAAGAAUCCUUGAUGAAUUGAGUCUAAAAAAACUCUUUUGAAGUGCAAAACUAACUGAACAGCUCUGGCGGGUGCGGAUCACUCACCUCCUUCUUAGAACACGCUGGAACACCUUGAAAACUCACCAAGCAGUCCCAGCACAUUUAAAGAGCCUGCUUUUUUCCCCGUCCUCUUUUUAAUGUCUGUUAUUGUGAAUCUGCCUCUUUUGUGCUCAGCCUUAACUCUGUAAUGGAUCCAUUGUCCAACGACAAAUCCUUCAGAGGAUAGAGACUUGCUUGUGUAAGCUGAAAUUAUUGUUAUAACAAAAGUACUAUUCAAUUUAUAAAGUCAGUCCCUCAAGACGUUUAGCAGGAAUGAUUACGCAGCAUCAACCUUUGGUAAAACUUGAAUAUAUUUGCAUUUUUUUAAAUUGUUUUAACAUCUAUUUAAUAAUCUGAGUUACACAUUUUGAUUUGCUAUUAAAAUUGAAUGACAUUGUAAAAUCUUAAAAAAAAAAAUGUUUACUUAAUUUUUUACUCAACUGUUUUGCUCAAGAAUAAAGUGUCUUUAAAUGUU